GUGCGGCGUUCCUCACUGCCGCCGCCGCGUCUGCAACAAUCUUCCCACCGCUCCGCCUUCGCGACGUCAGCGUUUCAACCGCCAAACCCUUGGUGUGGAAAGGGAAGGCAGCGGGUACUCAGCAGCUAUGUACUAUGUCAGGAUUCAGUUUAACGUUUUAAACAUCAAAUCUGGUGGAGCAGCCCCUAACAUCGCCCCUGUAUCCUCCUGCAAAAGUUCCCCAGCAACGCCGGGUGCUUUAUCUUGGAUCAACAUCACCAGUGACAAGGCCGCGCGUCGCAAGCGCUACAGCUUCAA